AUGAUAAUUUUGGUAUCUCUUUUCUGCUCAAUACUCAUAAUAGGAAUUGGAAUGCUUGCUAGAAGUACUACAGGUGACAGUCCUGAAUCCUCUAACGAAGAUCUAAAUAAAUUCUAUGGGAUGUUUGCUGAACCAAUGAGUGUACAAAUGAAGCAGCUCAUUCUUGCCGCCAAAAACACCCUCAAGAAAUUGAAUGUACUCGCUGAGGAGAGAGAAGUAGUCUCAAAUCUAUUUGAGGAGAGGGUCUUGAGCGAUGAAUUCUUUAAGAGAUUCAGGAAUGCCGAAGAAGAGCUAGUCAUUGAAAAGACACUAAUUGAGAAUGAAGCAGAAGCAUUGCGCACUGGCUCAAAGGAUCAGGUGUUUUCUGAGGCAAGCAAAUUGCUUAGUGUUGAGAUUUUGGGAACAAAGAAGAAGAGGAUCUUUGAUGAGGCACUAUUCUUGAAAAAACAGGAAAAUCUAAUGAAAGACUUGAAAAGUAGAAGUAAAAAGUGA